AAAUCACGUAUGUCGCGCGACACCCUGUUGCUGUUGCUGCCGGGGCAGAAAAAACAACCCAGUCUUCUGUUUGUUUUUUUAUUUGUUUGUUUGUUUGUCUGACUAUGUUUUAUGAUUGUAUUUGUACAUUCAUAGAACAGUUCCUGUAAUUACGUAGAACGUCAAAGGUAACAGUGUGUCAGAAGAUAUACGCUGCUUUUGAAAGUCAUAAAUCUCAAAAUUCAGACCUAAGAAAAGGUAGAGCUAGUUAGCCAGCUAACGUUCGCUAGCUGGCUAGCUAGAGACUGAUUCCGUAUCUUUAAACCGACGACGUCGUUAAAACAACCAUUUUAAGUAUCUAGCUAGCUAGCUUGCAGGCCAGUCAGAUUUUUAUUGAUCAUACCAAAGUAUGCGUUUCUUUUGAAAUCGAUGAAAGUUUUGUAACAAUAGUAUUUUUAUUAUUUAAUUUAUAUUUAAAGGGUUUGCGCUUUAAAGAUGGGCUCAAUACUCAGCCGGAGAAUUGCUGGUGUUGAGGAUAUUGAUAUCCAAGCCAAUUCAGCGUACAGAUACCCUCCCAAAUCCGGAAACUAUUUUGCCAGUCACUUUUUCAUGGGAGGGGAAAAGUUUGACACUCCACACCCCGAGGGGUACUUGUUUGGAGAAAACAUGGACCUGAACUUCCUUGGAAACAGGCCUGUGCAGUUCCCUUAUGUGACGCCCGCGCCACACGAGGCUGUGAAGACCCUGAGGAGCCUGGUCAACAUCAGGAAGGACUCUCUGCGCCUGGUCAGGUACAAGGAUGACACUGACAGCCCUACAGAGGAAGGAGGGAAGCCCAGGGUGCUGUACAGCGUGGAGUUCACCUUCGACGCCGACGCCCGUGUGGCCAUUACCAUAUACUGCCAAGCCUUUGAGGAAUUCACCAAUGGAAUGGCACUGUACAACCCCAAGAAUCCCAUGAUGGUAUCAGAAACGGUGCACUACAAGAGAGGAGUAAGCCAGCAGUUCUCGCUGCCUUCCUUCAAAAUCGAUUUCUCGGAGUGGAAGGAGGAGGAGCUCAACUUUGAUUUGGACAGAGGAGUCUUCCCCAUGGUGAUCCAGGCAGUAGUGGAUGAAGGGGAUGAAGUCACGGGGCAUGCACAUGUACUGCUGGCCGCCUUUGAAAGACAUGUUGAUGGCAGUUUCUCGGUAAAGCCUUUAAAGCAGAAGCAAAUAGUGGACCGUGUGAGCUACCUGCUGCAGGAGAUCUAUGGGAUUGAAAACAAGAACAACCAAGAAACAAAGCCAUCAGACGAUGAGAACAGCGACAACAGCAACGAGUGCGUGGUGUGCCUGUCGGACCUGCGCGACACCCUCAUCCUGCCCUGCAGACACCUGUGCCUGUGCAACUCCUGCGCAGACACACUGCGCUACCAGGCCAACAACUGCCCCAUCUGCAGACUGCCCUUCCGAGCCCUGCUCCAAAUCCGCGCGGUGAGGAAGAAGCCCGGGGCGCUCUCCCCCGUGUCCUUCAGCCCCGUCCUGGCGCAGACCAUGGAGCACGACGACCACUCGACCUCAGACAACAUCCCCCCGGGCUUUGAGCCCAUCUCCCUGCUGGAGGCCCUGAACGGGCUGCGCUCCGUGUCCCCCUCCAUCCCCUCGGCCCCCCUUUACGACGAAAUCAACUUCUCGGGGGGCAUGGGAGAGCCCCUGCCUCUGUCCGGCCGGCCGCUGGGCUCGGUGGAGCGCUCCGCGGACGCUGGGCUGCAGAAGGGGAAGGUUAGCAAGUCACCUGACAGCACCCUGAGGUCCCCAUCGUCCCCCAUCCAGGAGGAGGAUGAGGAAAAGCUCUCAGAGGUCUCUGACGCACAGCCUCACGCUCUGCUGUCCAGCAGCCUCGCUUCAACUGAGGCCACAGCAGCUGAAGAAGCUCCAGAGUCGGUCACCCCUGAUGAAGAGGACCGGCCGCGCUCUGUGACCGAGAUCCUUCAGGACUGCAGCAGCGAGCACAGCUGCCUGACCAAGACCGACAGCGACCCCCCCUUGGAGCUGUCUCUGCCAGGGUCAUCAGAGUCCACAGAGAGUCUGAAGAGCCAGAGCACCAACAGCUCCAGCCAGCCCCUCCUGUGUCCCCCCAGCAGCCUGCACAUCGAGGACGAGCAGCUCACCCCAUAGCAACCCCCAUAGCAACCCCCCCCACACAUCCCACAGCCCCCUACUCCACCCCGGCCUUGUAAGGAGCAGCGCGGGACACAGCAGCGGCGUUUGCGGUCAUCGUGGCCCUGACAGCCAUCGCAGACCCCCUGCUUCUGGUCCCAGCAGCUCAAAUGAAAGGCUAACUUGUCUGCUUCCUCUUUGGAAGCAGGGGUUAGUCUCCCAUGAUGCCUAGCUAACCUCCUGAUAGGCUAAGGUACCAGCGAUUUCCCAUCUCUGCCCUACCAUUGGUCAGCUUCUUCUUCGAGGCAGUGCUCGCCUUUGAGUCCAAACUGUGCCCUGAAGUAUUGUCCCAACUCUCCGUGAGAACCAGCACAAAACGCACGACUGAUGAGUCUGGCUGCAUCUCCAGCUGAAAGCACAACAAGUGCACAUGCUGUCAAUUCAGAGCAAGCAGGAUUAUCUGUCACCUGGAUAACAAUGCUAACCAAGUCACUCGUGUUGUUAUUGUUGUUAAACUGUUGUUUGGAUAUGAUAUAAUGUGCUUGCAAAACCCUGGAUGAAGUUGUCUGUGAUAUUUUAAUCUGGGUGGUGACCCCAUUACAAACACAUGUGCUAUAGUCCUUUGAAGUAAUUAUGCAAAUAUAAUAUUGCUUGAAUUUAACCAUGAACUGACUUAGGAUGCUUAAAUUCAGUCAAGGAUUGUUUUCUCACUGUCUGUGGUGCCUGGAGAAUUGCUGACCCACACCAUUGAUUUGCAUUAAACCAGAUUCACAGAGUGAUUUUGCUACUUAAAUAUUUGGUUUGAAGAAACAUUUAAUAAUAUUAGAUUACUGAAAAUGGCCAUCCCUCUGGUGAUUGUGCCUGUAUGUUUUGUCAGUUUGGCUUUUUCCCUCUUUUGAUUAUGAAUUAUGUAGCAGUCACUACACUACUUAACAAUGUUUCCAACCAAGUACUAGCUUUUCAUCAUGGCAAAAUCUCGAUUUUGGAGAAGACGGUAUGACAUUUUGGUCUGGAUUCAUGUCACUGUAGGACUUCUAUUUUCCUGAAUAUGCUUCUGAACUUUCAGAAAAGAGACUUGCGUCUAUGCAUUGUUCAAGCUGGCUGGCUGGUUUAAAUGUAUUUUUUAAUGAACUGGAGUGACAUUGAGUCGAGACCCAUUUUACUUGUCACUUUACUCAGCUCUGCUUGAGCCACAAACGGCUCUAUUUCCCACUCACACCAGCAGUGGCAGUGGGUCCAGCACUGCUCCAGCUACGAAUUACAGACAAUAAAAUCUCAAUGCUUACAGUGUACCUGUCCUAAAAUAUAACAUGACUAGGAUGCCGCACAACAUUUUUUUAAAAGCUGUGAUUUUCCCAGUUAACCAGUUUUACGGUUUGUGGUGACCUAGGCAAUGUUUCAGAAGAAGUUUGGACAAGCUUACCCCGUUUAAAAUGAGCGUACGUUAAGCCCCCUGAUGAGUUUUGUCAGAAUGAGUGGGUGCUUUUCAGAUUCACAGAUGCUCCCAUUUAAGAUGUACGAAAACUGAACAUGUUUAAAAGCGUGUGGGUGGUUGAGGAACCUGGGGGUUUGCCUUGCACACCCGCUCCUUAAAACUGUCCCUGGACCAUUCCCAGCCCAGUGAUGAUGUGCACUGUAAAAUACACUAGCUAUGCUGCCAUUGUCACUGUCCGCUACACAAGCCUUGACUGUUGCAGCUUCGGUCAUCCUUGAUCCUGUUAACGUAGCAUUGUGUGAAUAGGUGUAUCCGUGCCUUUAAAUUUAAGCGGAAUUGGCUGAUGGUUGUUUCGUGCUUCUCUGCUUCUGUUGAAAAAUAUGACAUGUCCAAAAGAUGUUAAGCUGCCUGAGCUGUAGCCUUUUGUGAAGGGCUCUUGUCUGAGCUUUAUUUCGCCUAGUCCAGUAAUAUCUCAGAUGCAUUAUACUGGUUUAUAUUGAGGCUGCCUUCUGUUAUUCUUCUGUGUAAAAAUCUAUCUAUGAAUACAUUGUAUCGGAGAACUAUAUAGUCCAACAUAAGUAAUGGUCACAAAAAUGUGUUCUGUUCUUUAUUGUUCCGCGAUAGUUCAUAGCCUUGAUAGUUACUCAGACCGAACAGAACAGUAGUCCGUAGUACUGAGCAUUCUCUUCUUUCUGUCUGCCUUGUGUUGGCACUUCUGGACCAUUAAUGUCGAAAAGGAAAACUUGGUGUAAAUAGAUAAGUGAACUUUUUUAACCAAAACAGUGGAGGUGCAAAGCAAGUGUGGCUGCUGUGGAGAAGGUGGUGAUGGGUAAUGAAGGAGCUCUCCCAAAUGAACGGACAGACUGGAGGGUGACACCUCACCUCUCCAGCUUUAUACAAGCUUGUCAUUUGAAAGCGAAUUGAAGAACCAGUAAUCUGUGCAUAUUUUACUAUCUUUAAUAAUGUUUGUUUCUUCUUCCUUGGUAAUAAAUUUGAGAGACAGUUUUAUCACUGCAUGUGAACGUUUGGAGGUGCAUAUUGCUCCUUUUCUUUUACACUUGGUAUUUUUCCCAUUUUCCCCUGGUUGCAUCAUUUCAAUGUAGUAGCACAGGAGUGCCUUUUUAUGUUAAACAGUAGAAAGCUGUGUUGAAUCAGUCAUGGUUCAUGUGCGCACAUAAAAUGGCGGCACGUGGAAAAAUACAUGACAGAUUCUGCCUUUUUUUAGUGAAGAUAUCCUUUUUAUUUUCAAUUCAGUAUUGUUUUUAAUUGAAAGUUGGCUUGUUAAUGUAACAGAACCAGUCUUGCUUAUUUUCAGUCUAAGCACUUGAUGCAGUCCUUUUUUCACAGAUGUCCACCUACAUUUGAAGUUCAGCUACAAAGAUGAUGUGCUGGUGUCAGAAUAAAAGCAAAAAAAUUUCAGUUCCCCAGCAGCUGUGAGGUCAUUUGUAAUGGGUUUAGUGGUUUUACUUGGUGAGAGUUUGCGGAGUAGCAGUUAAAAUGACCAAUGUUUGUUACUUGGAAGAAGAAAAAAAGAAUUGAGGGUGUUUCCUUUGUCAUUUGUAAUAUUGUACAUAUAUCCAGUACACUUAAACUGGAAAAAAAUUGAUUUUUGAAAAAUAGAGGGGAGAAAACUUUUAGGUACAGUCUUGUAUGUGCACAUUGUGAUUUGGAUUACAUCUAUCUAUGCUUUCUUUGUUUAAAAAAAAAAAGAAAAAAAAACUGACGUCCUUAUAAUAAGCAUCAUUUUGCUCUUACGGCUUCUCAAUUCUUCAUGGAAAUUACCCUCUCUGGAGUUUCAGAUUUUCAGGCAUAAUGUUUGGUUAUCCUUUCCUUGAAGAAAGAUGUAGACAUUGCAUUUCAGUAGCUUGUAAAACCAAAAAGAUGAACUGUUUAAGUAAUAGUGGCAGCUGUGACACACAAAAAUAUUGAUCAAAUUUUAUUUCUGCAUUAAAGGUUGAGUAUGCAUCACAUUUUGGAUGUAAAAUAAAUAUUCUGGAAUAAUGGAAAAUAUGGAUAAUCAAUAUGAAUACCUUAAAUCUGUUCAGCUCCAACAUUAACUGUUUUCUAAACAUUUGUUUUGUUCAGUUUCUAAAAUUAUAAUAAAGAAAUAUACGCAAGUUA